GGUACGCUAAUUUAAAAGCAACAGUUAAGACAAGUCAUGGGAAGAAGGCCUUGUUGUUCGAAGGAAGGUCUUAAUAGAGGGCCUUGGUCUGCUCCAGAAGAUAAAAUCCUCGUUAAUUACAUUAAACUCCAUGGAGAAGGGAAGUGGAGAGACCUCCCUAGAAGAGCUGGGUUGAAAAGAUGUGGAAAAAGUUGCAGACUCCGAUGGCUUAACUAUCUGAGGCCGGGUAUUAAGAGAGGCAACAUUUCUGUUGAUGAAGAAGAUCUCAUUAUCAGACUCCAUAAGCUUCUCGGUAAUCGGUGGUCACUGAUUGCUGGGAGGCUUCCAGGGAGAACAGAUAAUGAAAUCAAGAACUACUGGAACUCCCAUCUGAGAAAGAGAGCUAAAGGUGAAAAGGGUAGUCGAGAAUAUUCCGGCAAACAGCUAUUGAGCAAAGAGAAGAAAAUUACUUCACCACCACCAUCACCACCAGCAGGAGUCGUGCAAACCAAACCAGUUCGAUGCAACAAGGUUGUAAUAAUUCCUCAAGCUCUAGAUAAGGAGCAUGUGACUCAGAAGAAAGCUGCAGAGAGCCAGAGGAACCUAUCUUGUUCAGCGUUACAGCAGCAGGAAGACAAUUCAUUGGAUCUUCUGCUGGAUAAUUUUGACAUAGAUAACUUCCUUUUACUUGAGGCCCCAAAUUCAGAGCUGGACCAAGCUCAACUCAAUAUUAAUGAGUUCCAUGAAAACGCUUUGGGCGCUGGAUACUACUAAAGCCUCAAUAACUUCUCAUCAACCUCAGAAUUUUCAGUCUUCAGCAUAUGAAGCAGACAACAUGUUCGAUAUAUUUCUUACGUUUGAUGGAUGGAGUUGUGUUAGUUUAGAAGAAUAAUUAGAGAGUCAUUUUGAGAAUAAGAAAAUUAAUUAACAUUAGUUUUAGUUCGAUUCAUCUUAGACACAAAGAUGAUGGUUUGUCAUGAAGUUCUCUACUUUCACUUAACACUAUUUAUAUCAAAAUUAUUUAAUUAGCCCUU